AUGUAUCGCGGCAGUCUCGCAUCUUAUCGGAGAUUUCACUCUGAUAGUGAUCAUGAUAAUCAUAUUGGUGAUCAUGAUGGUGAUCAUGAUGAUUAUGAUAAUCAUCGUAAUAAUCAUGGUGGUGAUCAUGGGGAUCAUCAUAGUGAUUAUGAGGAUCGUGAUGAUCGUGAUGAUGAUCAGGAUGAUCGUGAUGAUGAUCAUGAUGAUCAUAAUUGUGAUUAUGAUGAUCAUGAUAGUGAUCAUGAUUAUCAUAGUGGUGAUCAUGGUGAUCAUCAUAAUGAUCAUGAUGAAAAUGAUGUCGAUCGUGAUGAUCAUGAUAUCCAUGAUGGUGAUCACAAUGAUCGUGAUUGUGAUUAUGAUGAUCAUGAUAAUCAUGAUAGUGAUCAUGAUAAUCAUGAUAGUGAUCAUGAUGCUGAUCAUGAUGGUGAUCAUGAUGAUUAUGAUCGUUAUCACGAUGAACCUGAUGGUGAUUAUAAAUAUCAUAAUAGUUAUCAUGGUGAUCAUCAUGAUGUUGAUGAUGAUCGUGAUGGUGACCAUGAUGUUCUUGAUCGUGAUCGUGAUGGUGAUCACGAUGGUCAUGAUGGUGUGCAUGUGGAUUAUAAUGUCGAUUAUGUUGCUCAUAAUGUCGAUAAUGAUGAUCAUGAUGUCGAUUAUGAUGGUGAUUAUAAUGAUCAUGAUGGUGAUUAUGAUGAUUAUGAUGUUGAUCAUAAUGAUAAGGAUGGUGAUCAUGAUAGUAAUAAUGAUCUUAAUGAGAGUGGUCAUGAUAGUGAUCGUGUUGGUGAUCACGUUGGUAAACAUGAUGAUCGUGAUGUAGUCCAUGAUAGUGAUCACAAUGAUCAUGAUGGUAACCAUGACGAUCAUGACGGUGACCAUGAUGGUGAUCAUGAUGAUCAUGGUAAUGAUCAUGAUAGUGAGCAUGGUGAUCAUGAUAUUGAUCAUGAUGAUCACGAUCGUGAUUAUGAUUAUCAUAGUAGAGAUCAUGGUGAUCGUCAUGAUGUUCAUGAUGAUCGUGGUGGUAGUCAUAAUGAUCAUGAUGAAAGUGAUGGUGAUCGUGAUGAUCAUGAUAGUGAUAAUGAUCUUAAUAAAGGUGAUCAUGAUAGUGAUCGUGUUGGUGAUCACGUUGGUAAUCAUGAUGAUUGUGAUGUAGUCCAUGAUGGUGAUCACAAUGAUCGUGAUUGUGAUUAUGAUGAUCAUGAUGGUGAUCAUAAUCAUAAUGAUGGUGAUCAUGAUGAUCAUGAUAAUCAUCAUAGUAAUCAUGGUGAUCAUGAUGCUGAUCAUGAUGGUGAUCAUGAUGAUCAUGAUAGUUAUCACGAUGAACCCGAUGGUGAUUAUAAAUAUCAUAGUAGUGAUCAUGGUUAUCAUUAUGAUGUUGAUGAUGGUCGUUAUCGCGAUGAUCAUGAUGGUGAUCAUGGUGAUCAUGAUGAUUAUGAUAGUGAUCAUGAUAAUUAUAGUGGUGAUCAUGGUGAUCAUCAUGGUGAUCAUGAUAAUCGUGAUGGUGAUCAUAAUGAUCUUGAUGAUCGUGAAGGUAAUCAUGAUGAUCAUAAUGGUGAUCACGAUGAUCUUGAUGGUGAUCAUGAUCAUUAUGAUGAUGAUUGUAACAGGGUCAGUUUCAACCUUGUCAAAUUUAGCACCUUUAUUAACUGA